AUGACAAGUUCUCAAGAUGCUAUUUCAUAUUUGAAUGAUGUUACUUUGAAAACUAUUGAUGAUAUUGAAAAGGUGAGAAACAAAUUAUUUAUAUUGAAAGGUUAAACGGAAAAAAUUAGAGGAAAUUUGGUUUUCAAAAAAAAAUUGAAAUAAAUGAUCUUAUAAGGUUUAUUGUGAGUUUUCUAGUUUUUUUUUUUAAGUUACAGUAAUCCUAAUAUUUUUUCAAUUAUAAUCCUACACGCCUCACUUUCGGUCUAAAAACUUCAAAUUGUUCCAGAUAUCAGUUAUCCUAUUCAAUUCUUAUGCAAAUUUUUCAAUAAUAUUUUUUAGCUUUUGUUGAAUUUGCCACAAGAUGGAAGUAAAUGUGAAAUUCAAUAUGUUCGAGCUGCAAAAAAUCCAAAUGUUCGUGGAACUGCUGAUGUUGUCGAACCGGGAAAUUUUUGUGUGAAAAAUGUUCCCGAACCAAUUUCAGUUUCACCUUCAACAAGAAGUUCAAAUAAAGUAUCCUCAAAACCACGUCGCCGUCGAGAAGUUGAAUUUCAUUCAUUGAAUUCGUUGAACAAGAAAAAUGGAAAAAAUUCUGAAAUUGAUGUUAGAAUUGAUUCAGAUCCAAAGAAACCAUAUAAAAUAUUGACGGAUAAUAUCAAAGUUAAACCAAUUGUUUCGAUGAAUGGAGUUGUUUUGGAUAUUGAUGUUGAAAUAACAUUGGAGAAAAAUAAAAAGAAAAUUGUGAAAUUAGAAAUUGAAUGUCCAAAUUAUACACCAGCAAGAAUUAAAAUCGAAGGAAAAUGGAAAAAUAUUGUAUAA